UUUUUUUAAUAAAGUCUUUAAUUAUCUGGGUUCAACUGCAUAUUCUCAUUUCAUUAAGCAAAACACCUGCUACUCUGGAGAUGAGUUUAUUGUCAGAGGUUGCUAAAUCAUACAUGGAAGAAAAAGGCAGAAAAAGAAAGGUCUUUAAUUUGUCAUAAAUUAUGUGUCUGAAAUUCAGUCAUUAAUAUAAUAAUAGCAUAGAGUCCUGAAAAGCAAAACAACUCAAAAAGAGGGAAAAAAUACAACAAAYGAAGGUACAGAACACUGAAAAAAUWAAUAAAUACAAUUUGAAGAACUAUGUGAAUUUGAGUUUGCUUUCAGACWCUAGAUGGCAGCACUGUUAUACCGCACCUGCAUCUGAAGGUUCAUCGCUCUGUCUUCAACAGGAGGCAGUCGUUCAUAAAGAGGAUUAUUAGUUAUUAUCCAUCAUCAGGAGAUUAGCCAACAUAAUCCUCAUCCUAAAAAUCCAGCUCAUCACUAGGUGGCUUAAUCAAGUUUGCAGUGGGAGGUUUCUUUCUUUGAUAAAGCCGUUGAUCGGGGUUCGAUGUGUGAACACACUGGGGUUUAUGUCUCUGUCGUCAAAGAUAAAGCCUUAAGUUUGAAGAGAUCACAGGUCCUGCUGAGCGUGGGAGGUAAAUGGAAUGCGUCGACCCAAAAACUAACAUGAUUCUAGAGCUGCUCRGUAGAAACGUCUAGAUGUACACACACGGUAAUCACAACAUACCUGUGGACGGGCGCAGAAGUCUCAUUGGCAGUUGCAGAAAUCACUUUKAUUGCAGCGAUUGCCUUAAAAGGUUCAGCAACAAACUAUUAAGUUGCAGUCUGUGGGGAUGCUGUGUUAAGGUUUUCCACCACUCAAAGCAUUUUGGGCGAAAAAGUUUUGGGUUCUUCUUAGCAGUGUACCUUCUUUACAUACCCAAAAGGUAAGAUUCGCGGACCUGUCAUCGGAUCGUCCCACCUAAACUCUGGAUCUAUGUGGCUCUAGAGGAGACCAUUUAUCAAAGAGUCCUUACAAAUUCACUCUGUAAUGGAAGCUGUAACUUCUAGGAUGUGGAUUGUUAUUUUGUUUCCACAUUAGCCAUUGAGAAAUUUAUAUUAUGAGCUAUUUCUUGAGUUUUGCCUUCUUCAGUUCAAGCUCUUAAACUAGGUAUGGCAAUUAAGAAAAAAACAAAAAAAAAACUUCAUUAUGCUCAUGUGUCCAUCUCAGGUUAGCAAUGCUGUCACCAAGUGGCAGAAACUCCAAUUAUUCUACCAAGGCAUUCUGGAAAAUGGAGACAAAAGGACAGGCAAUUGGCUGCUGGUCUACUCCCCCGUGCCAAUUACCUGUAUAUUCCUGUGCUACCUGAUCACGAUAUGGGCGGGGCCAAAGCUGAUGGCGAACAGGCGGCCCGUCAACCUCAAACCCGUCCUGGUGGUUUACAAUUUUGCCAUGGUCUGCCUGUCUGCCUACAUGUUCCAUGAGUUCACAGUAUCAUCUUGGUUAGCCGGUUACAGUUUGUUGUGCCAGCCGGUCGACUACAGCAGCAAUCCAUUGGCUCUACGGCUGACGUUCCUCCACGUCUACCACCAUGCGACCAUGAUCUUUAACUGGUGGGCCGGGGUUAAAUACGUAGCCGGGGGUCAGUCUUUUCUGAUUGGUCUGGUCAACUCCCUGGUCCACAUGGUCAUGUAUUUGUACUACGGGCUCGCCGCCAUAGGGCCUCACAUGAAUAAGUACCUGUGGUGGAAACGAUACCUCACUUCUCUGCAGCUGCUGCAGUUUUUCCUCGUCACCAUGCACACCGCCUACAAUCUCCAUGCUGACUGCGACUUCCCCGACUCCAUGAACGCUGUCGUGUUGGCCUAUUCUCUCAGCCUCAUUGUUCUCUUCAGUAACUUUUACUACCAAAACUACCUCACAAAGAAGACCAAAAGCAAAGAAUAAUCAAGUCAAAGAGAAAAGAAACCGUUUKAAACCAAGAGGACGUAUCAGAAGAGCCAACGGUCGGCUAUGGCCRAAGCUUGACACGACACAGGCUGGAUAUUGACACAGAGUUCUGUAUGGUACCACUCUGAUGCUAUAUUUUGAAUAUGGUAAUCAGUGCCCAAUCAUUGGAAGCGGCUUACUAGCAACAGUUGAAGUCUCACCUUUGAUCUUUGGAAAAAUAGCCCAAAAAAAUMCUUUGUUGGACACACAGAGGUAAUAUUUUCAGAUCAUGUACCUUGAAUGACAUCUAGUGUUUGAUGUAUUUAAAYAUGUGGUCUAUGUUUAAGUGAAACUACUCAGUAGUAUUCCUGACUUUUUUAUUAGCCCCCGUUGUUUMAACUGGCCUAUGUACUUGAUUGUGAUUGUGGGUUAAAUAUUGAUGCCAAGUCGCAUUGAGGGUAAAUAUUUUAUUUUGAAAAAAUGCUAAAUAUAAUAGUUUUCAAAUUCCUUUGAACCCUAUUAAACUAACUUAUUCUCAGA